CCCCGGGGCGCUCCGGUGCUCUCCGCCGUGCGGGGCUUUGUCCCGGACUGCAGCGCGCUCGGCAGGGCCCGGCCCCGGGGCCCGACCUCCCCCUCCGCCUUCUCCGUGCCGGAAAUUCCGGCCGUGCUCGGUGCGGGCUGCGGGGAGGUGCAGGGGGGGCUGCGGCGGGGCGGGAGCGGGAACCCCGCAGCCCCCCGGUUCCCAGCCGGAGGCCAUGGGAGAAGUGCUGGUACUGGGCUUUCCUCUAAUCCUCCAUGGCAGCAGCACAGGGUCCUGUGACCUGUGAGCCCGACACCCGCAUCCUCUGCACCUACCUCUCCUCGGAGCCCGUCUGCGUUGUUGGCAGCAUGGGAAGCGUGGGCAGCCUGGUGGAGAAGCAGGAUCUGUCCCCCCUGGAGCUGCGGGCCCCAAUGGGGGGCUCACGGGGGCUUCGUCAGCCUGAUGGCUUGCUGCGGAAGGGGCCGAGCCAGCGGGAGCUCUUUGGCUACCUGCAUGGGGCCAAGAAGGAGACGCGGUCGGAGCGGAAGCACCAGAUGUCGAGCGCCUGCUACAAGCGGGACUACGAGAGUGACCGUGAGAACCGGUCCCCUGAGCGCUGCUCCCGGGAGCACCACCGUGGGGCUGACUUCUCCAAGAGCUCCCUGCCUGAGAGGGGCCGAUUCGACAAGUGCCGUAUCAGGCCCUCAGCCUUCAAAGCGGUGGCUGGCAAAGGGCUGGUCUCCAUGCAGGGCCUGUCCUCAUCCAAGGGGCAGAAGCUGUCCAAGAGCAAUGGGAGCCUGCACACGCUGCUGUCGCAGAGCAGCACAGCAGCCUCACAGCACGGCCCACUCCGCACCCACCUGCUCCAUGCCAUCAGCCUGGAUGAGGCCUCCGACUCCAGCCACAACUCCAUCCAGAGCUUCCCUUCCUAUGGCUCCCGCCUCAAGCCUGCCCAGAGCCAGUUCAGCGCCUCCAUGGGCCACAUAAACCACAUCGGGGGCUCCUUGGACAGGGUUUCUCGGAGCCCCAGGGACCCCUUGGUCUCUGAGAAGGUGCCCCUGUCCUGCAAAAGCAUGGCCACGCUGAGCCGGCUGCAGAGCCCUGGCGAGCCCCCGCCCCCCUAUGAGUUCACCUACUCACUGGAGGAUGCGGUGAAGCAACUGGAGGACCGGCUGCAGGAGACAGGAGGAGAGCUGCGGCAGCUCAAGAGGAGCCUUAGCGAGACCGAAGACCCCUUCACGCAGGCGUUUGAGGACAAGCAGCGGCUGUGGCUGGACGAGCUGGAGGAUCUGAAGCAGAUGUACAUGGCGCGGCUGCAGCAGGUGACGCAGCAGGCGCAGCGCGGGCAGCGGGCGCUGCAGCUGCAGCUCUACAAGGCGCAGCAGGAGAAGAAGCGGCUGCAGGAGGAGCUGAGCAUGCAGCAGUGCCAGUGUGAGGAGUCCAAGCUUCGGCAGGCACAGGGCGAGCGCGUCAGCCCCAAGCUGGAGGAGACCAAGUGGGAGGUGUGCCAGAAGGCAGCAGAGAUCUCCCUGCUGAAGCAGCAGCUCCGGGACACCCAGGAGGAGAUGGCUCAGAAGCUGGGUGAGAUCUUCAGCCUCAAGACGCAGCUGCGGGAGGCCAAGGCGGAGGUCCAGGCCAGGGACUCCCAGCUGGCACAACUGGCAGACUCCUUCCAGAGCACUCCAGAGCCCAGCGCCACACUGCCACUGGGUGAUGAUCCCAUGCCGUCGUGCCAGGACUUCCCUGGCUGCGAAACUGAUGACUCCAAGUGCCGGGGCCUUCACAGCGACACGACGGAGCCCCUGGAGCGUCAGGUGGAAUGGCUGUGGGCAGAGCUGCUGCGGGAGCGGCGCCAGGGCCAGCUGCAGGCUGUGAACUUUGAGCUGGAGAGGAAAACCUGGCAGGAGGAGAAGGAGAAGGUGCUGCGGUACCAGCGGGAACUCCAGGCCAGCUACAUGGAGAUGUACCACCGGAGCCAGGCGCUGGAGCGGGAGCUGCGGCAGCUGCGGUCGGAGCCCAGGGAUCUCGGGGCCGACUCGCCGUGGAUCGAGCGUGUGGAGUCCUCAAAGAUCUAGUGGUGGGAUGCUGGUGGGACUGUGAUGGGGGAAGGUCUUGUGCUGCUGCAACGGGACGGUCUCAGGGUCUGCACAAGGACCAGUCGCCCAGCGCUGCCCUGGGGGGAAGGACUGUUCGUGACAAGGGAGCUUUUCCUUCUUGCAGUGCUUCAGGCCCUUCUGGGGGUGUCUCUGGAGAUGGGGGGGUCACCUAUGCCAGGGUGGGGGUCUUGCAUGUGCCCCGUACUCUGGCUCCAGGAGCGUUUGCCCUGUGCUCCCUUCUGCCAUAGGGGCAGAAACCAAGCGCCCUGUGAGACAUUCCCUGUCUCUCCUGCUCUGUGCCCCCUGUUCCCUACAACCCGUAACUUAAUAUCUUGCUAAUGAGAAGCUCAAGCUGUGUCCCCAGCCCCACUGCCUCGCUGUGAAGGUCCCAGCUGCUGCUCAGUGGUUGCCCUGUCAGCAGGGUCCUGGUGCUGGCAGUGCCCUGUUCCUGCACUGGGCUGUGUUGGUGCCAUUAGGAAAGCAGAGGAGAGAAGCCUGAAAGUGCUGGUGCUCAGCUGGUGCUUUCCAUGUCACCGGUACUGGGGUACUCUGCAGUGGAGGGUGGUUAAUGCGACUUCCCUGCAGGAAUCCCUUGAGCUGAGAGGAGUGAGUGCCUUGUGUGAGGAGGGAUGGGAACCUGGUGCCCUGACACACCGGGAGAUGGGAUAUGGUUGGGGGGGCAUGUGGGCAGUGAUGCUCCCCGCGCUGGGGAGCCCCCACAACCCCCCCUCCCAGAGCAGCUGAUGGGGAGCUGGAAGGAGCCCUGCUCUGAGCCUGUAACCGUGGAGCCAUGGGCCGGCCGGGCCUAGCUCUCCUCGGCCUUUCCUGCAAUAAACCCGAUUCCAUUCUG